CCCUGGUGAUGUACUAUUCGGAGCUCAAGAUCGCCUCCGGAUACAUGGAGGAGUUCAAUCUGUCCCGAAAGCGCGGGCGCGUGGUGGUCGUGGCGGUAGGCGGCAGACAGAUGCCGCUCUAUGGCGGGGGCUCGAGCCUGGAAAGCCAGGCCGAGGAAGGCGGCGCCCCCACGGUGGUGCCGCUGGAGCUAUCCUUCACGGUCCGGUCACGGGCGCACCUCCUCGGUCACCUGGUCACGUCCGAGUUCCACCGCCAUGUUCGGUGCUCCCUCGCCCUCCGCGAGGAACGCCUCGGCGAGCCCCUCGACCUCGCCGACGACUGCCAGUACGGUGACGGGUGAGGGCGGCAAGGAUGGGGUGAUUCGAAUUGAACU